GAGAAGCCACCAACUUUCUCGUAUAUAGAUUGCUCAAGUCCUCAACAACCAGCAUAUAUAACUCGACUAUAUAAUUUUACCUUCGAAGCUCUCAGCCGUGAGAGAGACACAGAGAUGGAUCUUUUAGUGUUGAUACUGUGUGCUUACCUCGCUUGGGGUCUUGUCCAAGCUCUUCGUUUCAUCACCAGGAAGACCAAACCAAGUCCCUCCAAUCUCCCGCCCGGCCCGCCACCUCUCCCGGUGAUUGGUAACCUCCUCGAGCUCGGAAACCUCCCUCACCAGUCUCUUGCCAAGCUCGCCCGCACUUACGGUCCCAUCAUUAAGCUCCAACUAGGGGCCGUAACCACCGUAGUCAUUUCAUCACCCACGUUGUCCAAAGAAAUCCUCCAGACUCGCGACAUUUCGUUUGCCGACCGCAUGAUUCCCGAUGCCAUCAACGCCUUUAAUCAAGGCCAGCGCAGCUUGCCGUGGGUCCCUGUCUCGCCUCUAUGGCGGAACCUGAGGCGGAUAUUCAAUCAACACCUAUUCUCCAACUUGAAGCUCGACUCCACUCAACACUUGCGCCGCAAGAAAGUCCAAGAACUCCUAGCCCAUGCAGAGAGAAGCGCCCGAGCCGGGGAUGAAGUGGAAAUCGGCGAAGCGGCUUUCACGACGUCCAUAAACUUUUUGGCCACCGCCGUGUUCUCUUUGGAUUUGGUGGACCGUUCUUCGGGUUCAGCGAAAGAGUUCAAGCAGACCGUUUGGCAAAUCAUGGUCGAGGCUGGGAAGCCUAACGUGGUGGAUUUCUUCCCGGUGCUCAGGAAGAUCGACCCGCAAGGUACGAGGCGUCGAAUGACGAGGCACUUUGGGAAGAUGUUCAACUUGUUCGAUCGAUUGAUCGAGGAGCGGUUGCGGCUGAGGGAAACGCCCGGUUCGCCCAGGAUGAAUGAUGUGCUAGACACACUUAUUGACAUAUGUGAGGAUAAGGAGGAGGACAUGGACAUGUCCCAACUCAAGCCUUUGUUACUGGAUGUGUUUGUCGCCGGAGCCGAUACUACGUCAAGCUCGGUGGAAUGGGCGAUGGCCGAGCUACUCCACCGUCCCGAGAAGCUAUCGAAAGCCCAGGCCGAGCUCCAUCAAGUCAUCGGCAAAGGCAACCUUGUCGACGAAUCCGACGCCGCCCGCUUACCAUACUUACAAGCCAUCGUCAAGGAGACUUUCCGGAUGCACCCGGCAGUGCCGCUCCUUCUCCCCCGGAAAUCCGGGGCGGACCUGGAGGUCGGGGGCUACACCAUCCCCGAGGGCACGCAAGUCUUUGUCAAUGUGUGGGCCAUAGGCCGAGAUCCGACCCUAUGGGAGGACCCGGACGUGUUCUCGCCGGAGAGGUUUUUGGGGUCCGAUAUGGAUGUGAAGGGGCAUAGCUUCGAGCUAACCCCGUUUGGUGGAGGGAGGCGCAUAUGUAUAGGCUUGCCUUUGGCCCUGAGGACGUUGCACGUGAUGUUGGGCUCGCUCCUGAAUUGCUUCGACUGGAGGCUUGCAGAUGGGGCUUUGCCUGAAGAUAUGAGCAUGGAGGAGAAGUUUGGCAUCACCUUAGCCAAGGCUCAACCUUUGAAAGCCGUGCCCGUGCCGCUCCGAUGAACCGUUCGUGUCUCCCAAUAACAACUUAUUGUUCGUAUCGUAACUAUGAUUUCGCCGUUCAUGUAAUUAUGGUAGUCGAUAAUCUGAUGCAGUUCUUGUAUCAGGUCUUCCUGGUGCAAAAGUUUAAAUGGAUUGUCCAAGUGCAGUAGCUUUCGCAUUGAAUAGAUCCGAUCUAUCUCUUGCCUUGAAGCGAGACGGAUAAAGUAUGAUUUUUUAAGA